GCAUCUCUACAUGGCAACGUUUAUAGGCUGAUCCACGCGUCACACACCAUGCACUGUUGUGUGUGUGUGUUAGCACAUGAAGGCAGCUGCUGCGCACUUGGACACACACACACACACACACACACUCACACUGACAGAUGCAUGAUGUGACACUCGGCAACGCGUAAUUUGCGCAUUGGGAGAGCGGUGCGCAAGGUAAACGCACCGCGUGGAUGUGUGAUGAUUUGACUGUUUCUGGACGCCUGAUGCUGCUGGAGUGAGUCCAGGGAUGCUGCAGCUUAUCUGGCUGCCGGAGUGCCGCCGCGCAACGAGGGGCUGCGCCCUCCACAUCUGCUGAACGGGAGAGGCGCGGAUCAGGCGUCUCUGCGCGUUUUUUCCGACCUCACGCUUUGACUCUCACCGGGGGAAUCACCCGCUAUGGAUCCCUCCUGGGACAUUUAAGCAUCUCCUGCGGUGAUAUCGCUCGCUGCUGGGACUGUGGGAGUGCAUGCUGUUCCUCCUUCCCAGCCUGCAAGAUGGGGAAUAGUUUCUCCAAUUUGGCCGCUUUCCAGUCCUUGCACAUAGUCAUGCUCGGCUUGGACUCUGCAGGCAAAACCACCGUGCUGUACCGGCUGAAAUUCAACGAGUUCGUCAACACGGUGCCCACCAUCGGCUUUAACACGGAGAGGAUCCGGUUGGGCGGCGCGGGGGCCUCCAGGGGCAUCAGCUGCCACUUCUGGGACGUCGGGGGCCAGGAGAAGCUGCGGCCCCUCUGGAAGCCCUACAGCCGCUGCACGGAUGGCAUCGUGUACGUGGUGGACUCCGUGGACGCCGAGAGGCUGGAAGAGGCCCGCACCGAGCUGCACAAGAUCACCCGGUUCUCGGAGAACCAGGGGACGCCGCUGCUGGUCAUUGCCAACAAGCAGGACCUGCCCCGGGCGCUGGAUGUCGGGGAGAUUGAGAGGCAGCUGGCCUUGGCCGAGCUGAGCCCCUCCACCCCGUACCACGUCCAGCCGGCCUGCGCCAUCAUAGGAGAGGGGCUGGAUGAGGGCAUGGACAAGCUGUAUGAGAUGAUAGUGAAAAGGAGGAAGUCCCUGAAGCAGAAGAAAAAGAGGCAGUGAUGACAGAUUUUGGAAAAGAAAGCUAUAAAAGCACCUCUACUAUAGAAAUAUUAUAAGAUGGAAUAUUCAAGGUAUAUUUUACAGUGAUACAUAGCAAAUAAAAAACACAAUGAAGCAUAAAUAUCAUUAUUGAUUACCACAGUCACAUUGCAAGUCUCCAUAUAUGAUGAAAAUAUAUUUAUAGUGAAGCCACUUCAGCUAGAAAAUAUCAAUAAUGUUACAUUAAACAUACCAUUUAUCAAUCUUUUUAUUUGCAGAGAACAACUAAAAUAGGUAUGAUAUAAUUAUGAAUUAUAUAAAUUCACAAGAAAAUCACAAUAAUCUCAAAAUUAUGUGAAAAAAUAUUGAUGGCUUGCCUCGAUUGGUGACUGUUUUAACCCUCUUUAAAGGCAGAUAGUGUCUCCAUAAACUGUGGCGCUUCCUCUAAGUCCCUGUAGGAAUAUUAAUAGGACUGUUUCAGUGGAGAUGUCUCCAGUGAAGCGGAGAUGUUUUUAUAAAUUGUAUGGAUCUACUGACAGAGCUCCCUGUCGCUGCCGUGUUGUGCUGUGCACAAAUGUGAGACUGUUAAGUAAAUGUGAUGUGGGAUGCACAGACUGGUGUGUAGAGCUGUGAGUUGGUGUUACAAUGAAGAUGAAUCCCCUGAAAAGACACAAGUCUCUCUGUCUGUCUCCUUUACAAUCCUCUCUGCUACUUUGAGGUUGAAAAAAUGAAUUUGAAAUGUAGAGACGCAGUGAAUAGUUGAUUUGUUGAUUAAUCAGCUACUAUUCUGAUAACUGAAUAAUUGGAAGCUUCUC